UGUAACUGAAUGAUUCUUUUUAUUGUGUUCCAAUUCCUAUGCCUAAAAGAUUAACUAAACAGUGAGAUAUUUGCCUUUUUUAAGAGUCACCCUAGUUCCUACUUUUCCUCUACUUUCUCUCAUCCUUUCUCACAACAAACUCUCUAAAAAAAAGAAAGAAAAGAAUUCCAAAUCCCUCUGGUUUUCUGUAUGAAACUACUGUUUCCUACUCUGCAUAUUAUUUAGUUUCCUUUCCUCCUACUAGUAUAGAGAGAGUAAUGAGUACAGGAGACAGGCCAAAAAUGCAUGAGCAAACCGGUUGCUUUGAUCCCAACACAAUGGAAGAAAGUAUACCCUCUCUAAAGGAUAAUUUCCCUCAAACUCUAGCAGACCCUCUAACUCCAUCAUCACAUAUGGUUGUAGAUAACACCACAAACACUGAUAAUGGCCUUGAGGAGAAUCUCAGGCUUUCUGUGGAGGAGCUCUCCUUUAACCAUCACAAUCUGCAACACCAAGAUAUCUCCACCUAUGCAAGUGGAGUCACUCCCACAUCUGCUAGUGACAUCCCUCAUUCUCAACAACAUCUAGGUUUGAACAUGGGAAACUCCUACAUCAACAACACCAGCAACAUGGAUAACCAUUUGGUGCAACAGGUCAUUGAUGUUCUUCCCUAUCAGCAGUCCACUUGGGACCCUACUACUGUUCAGGAAUUGCCAGACAUAGCCUAUGCUAAUCAAAUAGAACAGCAACAAAAUGAACAACAAUUUCAGCAAAUGGAGACUCAAAACUGCAGCCAAAGCUUCAACCCCUCUUCCAUACUAGACCCUCCUUACCCUUCACCAGAUCUCCUAAACCUUCUCCACUUACCAAGAUGCUCAGCCCCAUCUUUGCACACCAAUCCCACCAUUUACCUCACAAACCCAACUCAGAACACACCAAACUUUCAGAAUCCACUGGCCUUUCUUGGAGACCUUCCAAUAGGGUCAGACAACAACACAAGUGCAUCCUCAGUUUUGUAUGAUCCUCUAUUUCACCUUAACCUUCCUCCACAGCCUCCAGCCCUUAGAGAGCUGUUUCAGUCUCUACCCCGUGGCUACAGCAUGCCAACCAACUCAAGGAAUGGUUCACUCUUUGGAGGGGAUGAGAUUGAGGGAGACGGGAGCCAGCUUGACAUGGGAGUGCUGGAAUUCAACAGGGUCACUCCCACUGUUGCCAAAGGAAGAGGAGGAAAAGCUACCAAACAUUUUGCAACUGAGAAACAAAGAAGGGAGCAACUCAAUGGAAAAUACAAAAUCUUAAGAAAUCUUAUACCAAACCCCACCAAGAUUGAUAGAGCCUCCGUGGUGGGGGAUGCCAUUGACUACAUAAGAGAGCUUAUUAGAACAGUGAAUGAACUCAAACUAUUGGUAGAGAAGAAAAGAUAUGGGAGAGAGAGGUGCAAAAGGCCUAAAACAGAAGAAGAUGGUGCUGAGAGCUGUAACAUAAAGCCUUUUGGUGAUCCAGAUGGGGGCAUAAGGACCUCAUGGCUCCAGAGGAAAUCCAAAGACAGUGAGGUUGAUGUCCGGAUUAUAGACGAUGAUGUCACAAUCAAACUCUUCCAGAGGAAGAAAAUCAACUGCCUGUUGUUUGUUUCCAAGGUUCUGGAUGAACUUCAGUUGGAGCUUCAUCAUGUUGCAGGUGGACAUGUUGGUGAAUAUUGCAGUUUCUUAUUCAAUAGCAAGAUAAUUGAAGGUUCCUCAGUCUAUGCAAGUGCCAUAGCCAACAGGGUCAUCGAUGUUUUGGACUGUCAGUACACGGCAUCAGUUCCACAUACAAACAGCUACUAGAAUAGUGUGAAGAUCACUCAGUCACCAAAUGUUUGAGGCAGUAACUUACAAUAAUAAUAAUAAUAACAAUGGUUAUAGUAUUAGUAUUAACUAAUAAGUUCAGGAAGACCUCAAAAAAUAGAAAAGUUUACAUGUUUUACAGUUUGAAACUCUCAUUCAUAAUAAAAUUUCUGUAAUGAUCAUAUAAAGUUAUUGUUAGAUUUUGUUGGGGUAUGUUGUUUUGGGUUACUGCUAUUGUCAAAAAUGUUGUUUUGUUAGCAUAUUUUGACUGGGCAUUGUGGCUGAACAUGAAGAUAUGAAUGCUUUAGUUUUGUUUUCGUAGUAUUUGGUUAAUUAGUUAA